AUGUCACGUCAACACCAAAGACACAUAGUAGGUAUACAUUAUGCAUUGGGUUCCAAAAUAGGCGAAGGCUCUUUCGGUGUUAUUUUUGAAGGUGAGAAUAUACUGAAUGAUCACCAGCGUGACCCUGUUGCUAUCAAGUUUGAACCGAGAAAUUCUGAUGCUCCCCAAUUGAGAGACGAGUUUAGAGCGUACCGUAUUUUGAACGACAGCGAGGGUAUCCCACAUGCUUACUAUUACGGUCAGGAGGGGAUGCACAAUGUAUUGGUCAUUGAUUUGCUAGGGCCGUCGCUGGAAGACUUGUUUGAAUGGUGCGGCAGGAAGUUUUCUGUGAAGACGACUUGCUUAAUCGCUAAGCAGAUGAUACGCAGGAUACGCGAAAUCCAUGAGCGGGAUCUAAUUUAUAGAGACAUCAAACCGGAUAAUUUUCUGAUAUCACAGUUUCAACUUAUGGGUCACAAAUCCAAAUACACGACAAAGAGUGCCCAUGGCGAUCCAAAUCUAAUUUAUAUGGUCGACUUUGGGAUGGCUAAACAGUAUAGGGAUCCGAGAUCGAAGCAGCACAUCCCUUACAGGGAAAGGAAGUCGUUAAGUGGUACAGCUCGUUACAUGUCAAUAAACACACAUUUUGGAAGGGAACAGUCGAGAAGAGACGACUUAGAGUCGCUGGGCCAUGUGUUUUUUUACUUCCUGAGGGGAUCCUUACCGUGGCAAGGUUUAAAGGCUCCCAAUAACAAGCUGAAAUAUGAGAAAAUCGGACUCACAAAACAGAAACUAAAUCCAUCAGAUCUUUUAAUGAACAAUUCCUUACCCUCAGAGUUUGCCACCUAUUUGAAAUACGUACGAGCUUUGAAAUUUGAGGAGGAACCCGAUUAUGAUUACUUAAUACAGUUGAUGGACGACGUUUUGGAGGGACAAAAUUUGCAGGAUGAUAAUCACUACGAUUGGAUGGACUUGAACAAUGGGAAAGGAUGGGAUAUUACUAUUAAUAAAAGGGCUAAUCUGCAUGGGUACGGGAACCCUGCUCCAAGACACGGUGCCAAUGACAAGGCACCAAACAAAAAAUCAGCGCAGCCGCCCAUCACAAACAACAAUCACACGGCCAACAGGAACACGGAUGAGUCAAACAACUACUCACAAGGCAACGUCGCGUCGUCGGCCAACGAUGUGUAUAAUUCGUCAGGUCGACUUCAGUCAUCGUCACAAAGGCAGGCACCCCAACGAUACAUCAAGUCGUCGUCGAAGACGUACAAUUCUAUGGGAAAACUUAAUGGUAAUAGCACAGAUAAUUCUCGUGGUCCAAGGUAUAUUCCUCAAGGUAAGAAUAACGAUCUCAACCCCAACUAUCAGCAACAACAGAACCAAUCCCGGUUCAACAGCGACAACUAUGCUAAUUACCAGGAAAGUGGUUCUGGUAACAGUAGAACCGGGGGAAUUUGUUCCAAGAUAUUCUGCUGUUCUUGGUGUUGA